UGCCGAACAUGAACACUAAAUAAUUGGUUCCCUUAUGGCGUGCCGUAGAUGUUAUAUUUAUAUUGUUGUUUUUCUACUGUAUGACUGACUGUCAGACGCCGCGCAUCCCGCGCUCUGAUCCGAAAAAUGGCGCAUGAAAAUCAUGGUCUUCCUCCAGAGGAACACAUCGAUCACUGGAAUGAAGCAACUAACAUUUACAUGGUUGUCAUCGUCGUUUCGCUUUGGUUCUUUUUCUACGUCCGAAAGAACAAAGGAAAGAUUGUUAGAAUGUUGACUAUGAAGAAGACAAGAGAUCAGACAGAUCUUAUUAACAGCAGGUAUAAAGAAGAGCUACAGCAAGUCAGAUUAAGACAACAACUAGAAUCAUACUACAUCUCUCGAAAAUGGGACCAAGGCAAACCUGUAAGUCAAGAACAUCACAUCAACUUGAAUGGUCUGUGAAUGACAAAUGAGAGACUCAUGAAGGACUUCACAGAUAUGCUGGCAUCACACUAGACAUCCAAUGAAAACUUUGUAUGGACCAUAUGGUGAAUACUUGAGAGGGGGAUGGAUUGAUGUUCAAAGCUAUUCUUGAUUGAACACCAUGCUCCAUCUCAGAUGGAAGCUGCCUGAAGCAACAAUUUGCUGUGUCAACAGAUAUGAGGCACCUUAGUGAAAGUCCAAGCAUCUUUAAGUGGCCCCUCUCAUUGGUGUCUUCCAGCAGGAAGUCUACUCAGCGUCCUUUACCCGGGGAUGCCACGUCUGAGACCAAAGUCUAAUUUCAGAACUUUCCAACAUAUUUUUGGCCUCCGAAAACGCAUUUUUCAUGCAGGUAAGGGGUCAUUCGAGAUGAUUUUUAGACUUUUUUAAGUUUAAAGGUCAAGUCCACCUCAGAAAAAUGUUGAUUAUAAUCAAUAGAGAA